UCUGUAAUAUCUAAACUGAGAGCUGGUUCGUACAGGAUGUGUACACAGAUGGAGAAAUGACUGUCAGGGUGCAGUUCUGUACCCACUUACUUAGACAGCCAUGGUGUCAUGUAGAGGGAUUUACUUUGUACUUGCAGUAUUCUUUGGAAGUGUUUUUGGAAGCAUCUUUAUGCUUGGUCCCUUGCUGCCAUUGAUGUUUGUCUCCCCGGCAUGGUAUCGCUGGAUCACUGACCGUGUUGUAGCUACCUGGCUUACAUUUCCAGUGGCCUUGCUGGAGAUGGUGUUUGGCGCUAAGGUGGUUAUAACAGGUGAUGGAUUCAUCCCUGGAGAAAGAAGUGUCAUUAUCAUGAACCACCGGACACGAAUAGAUUGGAUGUUCCUAUGGAACUACCUGCUGAGAUAUAGCUACCUCAGACUUGAAAAAAUAUGCCCCAUAUCUAGUCUCAAAGGCAUUCCAGGAUUUGGUUGGGCCAUGCAGGUUGCUGCCUUCAUUUUCGUUCAGGGAAAAUGGGAAGAAGACAGAAAUCAUUUUGAAAAUAUGCUGGAUUACUUCUGCGACAUUCAUCAACCGCUGCAGCUUCUCUUCUUUCCUGAAGGAAUUGAUCUCACAGACAACACCAAAGCCCGCAGUAAUAAUUACGCUGAGAAGAAUGGACUUCAGAAAUAUGAAUAUGUCUUGCACCCAAGAACUACAGGCUUCACUUUUAUAGUGGAACGUCUAAGAGACGGUAAUAACCUUGAUGCUAUCCAUGACAUAACAGUGGCAUAUCCUCAAAACAUUCCUCAAACUGAGAAGCAUCUUCUAUAUGGAAACUUACCAAAGGAAAUUCAUUUGCACGUCCGCAGAUAUCCAGUGCAGGCACUUCCUGCCUCUCGGGAAGAGCUGCAACUCUGGUGUCAGAAGCGAUGGGAAGAAAAGGAAGAAAGGCUCCGUUUAUUCUAUGAGGGCAAAAAAUACUUCGAUGCUACAGGGAGAAGCAAAAUUCCACCCUGUAAAUCUGAGCUCAGGGUCAUGGUUGUCAAGUGUAUUUCAUUCUUGUACUGGACAUUUUUCACACUGGCUAUGUUUGUGCUCCUAUUCUUGUACAGCUUUGUACGGUGGUAUUUCGUAACUGUGCUUGUCAUUUUUGUUGUCCAACAAAAACUGUUUGGUGGGCUUGAAUUGAUGGAACUUGCAUGUCAUCAGUUUUUUAGUAAAAAGAAAUUACAGAACUCAAGGAAAGACUAAAUUUAUCGGACGUAUUUUGUGCGGAUGUGGUUAAGUUUGUGGAUGCUUUUGAGAUGUCCCACAGCGUUUUCAAAGUGGGAGGAGAUUUUGCAUGAGAAUCAUUAGUCUUUCUUAAUGCUGUCGUUGGCACUGUGCAGUUAUAUUGUAAAAGGAAAAAUGUAGGUCAUACGAAUUUUUAAGUUUUGAAUGUAACGUCGAUGUUUCUCUUGCUCGCAGCUCGCGUUUGUUAUGUUGCUGCAAGCCAGUUUGCUGAUCAAUCAAGAUUUAUAGCCAUUGAACCUUUCAAAUGUGUAGCUCUAAAUAGCUGGGCAAAUUGUUGAGCUAAAAUUAGUGG